GACCGAGCUGGGCAGGGAGCCCGGCUCCGUUCGGCUCGGCUCGGCAUGGGGGGCCCGCGGCGCCUGCUGCUGAUCUCCAACUCCACCCUGCACGGAGGGGGGUACCUAGGCCACUGCCAGCAGCACAUCCAGAGCUUCCUCGGGCAGAAGGUGAAGCGGGUGCUGUUCAUCCCCUACGCCCUGCACGACCGCGACGCCUACGCCCGCACCGCCAGGGAGAAGUUUGAAAGCCUGGGUUAUGGGCUGGACAGCAUCCAUGAAUCUUGUGAUCCAGUGGAAGCCGUAAGGAAAUCUGAAGCAAUAUUUAUUGGAGGUGGGAACACAUUCCGUCUCCUGAAAGCUCUUUAUGACAACUGUCUGAUACAGGAGAUCAGGAAAAGAGUUCUUGAGGAUGGGAUUCCUUACAUGGGAUCCAGCGCAGGAACCAACGUUGCUACUGUCAGCAUCAAUACCACCAAUGACAUGCCAAUUGUUUAUCCACCUUCCCUGCAGGCUCUAGGAUUAGUUCCUUUUAAUAUUAACCCCCACUACCUGGACCCAGACAUUAAAAGAACUCACAUGGGUGAGACAAGAGAGGAAAGAAUCCGCCAGUACCAUGAAGAACCAAACACUCCUCCAGUUCUGGGCUUGCGGGAAGGUACAAUGCUGUUAGUGGAAGGAGAUAAAGCCACGCUGCAAGGAGUGACAGGAGCACGUCUGUUUUUGAGGGGUAAGAAACCAACUGAACAUGAGCCUGGAACAGAUUUCAGUUUCCUCCUGACUGACAGCAAUCCCCUGAAUCCAUAGCCUUCCAUAUUCUGCAGCAAACGUUACUAUAUAGGGAAGACAGUGAGGAAAAAGGAAAGAGAUGCUUGUUGUCCCAGAGUGGGUAGGGUACUUCAGCUUUAUAAAUAAAGAUCAAUAUGCAUUAGGGGACUCUUUUCCUCACCCCAGUGCAUGUCUCAGACAUGUCCUUCCCAGCAGAAAGACACUUUUUGCUGCAAUACUUGGAGAAUCAUAGCUAGUCAAAGCUUGAAGGGGUCUAUGCAUUGACAUGUCCACUUUGAUUCCUUCCCCACCAAAAAAAAAAGUUGCCUUAACACAAUUAAGACAGGACACUGAGUCAGCUGUUCCCACUGCCUACUUUUACCUGCUACCUAAAAGAAUUGUUCAUUCAGUGUACUCCCACACUUAGUUUAAUUUUUGUGUUAUUAAUAAAGGGAGAAGUUAUGCAU